CAAAAGGAGGGGUAGUCACAACGCAGAUUGAACUUGAUUGAAACUAUGAAGUGAUUUGACUGUGAAGAAACCUUUUCAAAUUUUUGUUGAAAAUCAACUGUAAUUUUGCCUCAGACUUGACAAAAUGAUUCCAAUACUUCUACUAACAAUAAUAAUAAUAAUUUAUUAUUUAUUACACCUUAAUUACCAAUACUGGAGAAAGCGUGGAGUACCCGGACCAAAACCCCGCUUCCUGGUUGGAAAUAUGGGCAAAAGCUUUAUUUGCAAAUCAUCACCUGGACAAAUAUUCACAGAAGCUUACAAUCAGUUUAAAAAUGAAGAUGUUGUGGGUUUGUACCGGACUACGACCCCAAUAAUAUUGAUUCGCGAUCCUGAACUAAUCAAAGAAGUGACUUUAAAAUCCUUUGGUAAUUUCCAUGACAAUGACAUGUAUAUUGACAAAAAGAUUGACCCAAUUAUCGGACGAAAUCCAUUCUUCUUGCGAGGCGAGGAGUGGAAAACUGUUCGCCAACAAUUAACACCGGGAUUCACAAGUGGAAAAAUGAAAUGGUUGUACCCUCUUUUAGAGGAAGUAGCCGGCAACCUUGUCAAAUUCAUUGACAACCACCCCGAGACAACAAACGGAAAAGGUUAUAAUGCAAAAGAAUUGUGUGCUAGAUUUACUCUGAACAAUGUUGCAAGUUGUGCUUUCGGCAUCGAAGGUAAAUGUCUCGAAGAAGAAAACAGCGAGUUUAGGCAACUGGCAGUAGAGUUUUUCUCGCCGGGAAGUUCAGCAUUUAUUGCGUUCUUUCUUUCGACUGUAAUACCCCCGUUAUCAAAACUAUUCUCAAUCAGAUUUGUCACCAAAAGUGUUGAAAAGAAAUUAACAAAUAUAGUAUCACAAACUAUAAAAUAUCGAGAAGAUAACAACGUGUUACGAAACGAUUUUCUCCACAUUUUGAUGCAAUUGAAGAAAACUUCAACCGAUUAUGAAUUUGCUGAUAUUGAUGUAACUGCACACGCAGCUGGAUUUUUUGGCGACGGUUUCGAAACUAGUUCAGCUGUGAUGAGUUUUGUUCUGUACGAAAUUGCUUCAAAUCCCAAUGUUCAAGAAAAGUUAAGAGGAGAAGUAAAUAAAGCUUUUGAAAAUAACGGUAACAAAUUACCUUACGAAGUCUUGCAACAACUCCAGUAUCUAGACGCUGUCAUUAAUGAAACGUUACGUUGCCAUCCGGCACUUCUACACACCCAAAAACUAUGCACCAAAGACUUUACUUUUACUCCCAAAAACGCAAACAAACCUGUGACAAUCGAAAAAGGUACCACUGUUAUUUUACCCAUUUAUGGUCUCCACCACGAUCCGGAUUAUUACGAAGAUCCUGAUUCCUUCCAACCGGAACGAUUUCUCGGCUCAAAUAAAGAAAAUAUUGUCAAGUGCACUUUUAUGCCCUUUGGUGAAGGUCCCAGAAGCUGUUUGGGACAAAGAUUUGGUUUGCUACAAAUUAAAGUGGGAGUUGCACACAUUGUUCAUAAUUACGAAUUGGCAGUCAAUAAAAAGACAAAAGUGCCAAUAAGAUAUGAUCCCGUUAACCCCAUAACGGCGGCUGUUGGGGGCUUGUGGCUUAAUUUUAGAAAAAUUAAAUAAAAAAACUGCAAUAAAAUUAAAAAAAUCUACUCUUGUAUCACUAUAAAAUUCAACUCCUAGAGGAAAUAAAUCUGCAGU